AUGACAAAUGUCAGAAGUCAGAAGUCAGAAUAAUGAUGUUUUUGUUUACAGCCACAACAAAUCUAAAUGUUAUUUAAGAAAUGACUGCCCAUAUUGGAACAUUUUGUAUAAAAAGCAUCAAGGAACGCGUAUCAGAAGUGAAUAUAUCUCGUACGGAAAAUUUUUGCUUUGGCGAAGCUUUAUCGUCAGUUUACCCUUUGUUGGAUAUUAUAUUCAAGUACCUACCUUUUAGUGAUUUAAGAGCAUGCAGGGACGUGUGUUCUACGUGGCGCGAAAAAGCCGAAGAAAUAUUGUUAAAGAGAACAGCUCCCAGUUGGUUCACAUGUUAUAAAGUUGGAUCAAAAGGACGUAAGGGAAAUAUUAUCGCACAUAGUAGUAAUUUAAAUUAUAAUAAUGUUGGAUUGGGAAUUAUUCUGUAUGAUAACUAUAGAAUAAAAUUAAAUAAAUACAUUUGUUUGCAUAAUAACAUUGUUGAAUUAACUCGAAAAUCAGUGCCAGAGUAUUUGGAAGAAGAACUUGUACCUAAGUCAGUAGACUAUUGUUUACUGUCAGUGCCUAGGGUUGUUUCCCAUUUUAAUAAUGACCGAAGUGUAAAAGAUAUUCAACAUCAUGGAUCAAUAUUUGAUGGUAUUUUUAUUCCAAAAAUUCCAUCUGUUAGAACUGUUAUGUUCCAUUGUAAUCCAAGUAAGAAAAGGGAGGUUGAAGAUGCAGUUCAAAAAUAUAUAAAGAAAAAUGAACAAGUUAAAUGUGCAUUAUUAUUUUGUAAGACACAAUUACUUGAGAGUUUAUAUACUUUUUUGGAGUACAUAAUACCAAAAAAUAAACCCCGUACAGUUGCUUUAGGAGGUGGUGUUAUUAGAGGAACAAAGACAUUUCAACAAAUAAAUCCUGAUAAAAAAAUAUAUACUGCAAAAGAUGUUGUAUGUAUUUUAUUUUUGAAAGAUACAACGGCUGACAUUCAUAAUUUUAAUGCUUAUUCAUGUGUAAUUAGAGGUAAUGAUUUAUCAAAAGAAGAAUUUAAUGCAGAAUUAGAGGAAUUCAGAAGUAAUAUAAUUCUAAAAAAUCAUAGCUUAGGUUUUCGAAUAUGUUGUUCAGCAAAAUACCAGGAAACUGAACUUGAUUCGUUCGAAGAAAUAUUUCCACAAAUUCCACUUCUUGGAUUGGAUGCAUAUGGAGAAAUUGGUUGGAAUUCUUACCCUAAUGCUAAUCUACAAAAUGAACCACAAAAGACCAAACGACUCAAAAGAUCUACAGUUUUGCCAAUUGCUGAAAAUAUAUUUUCUACUAUUUUUAUUUUGAUUACUUGGGAUUAAUUCUGAUUUUUGUUAUUCUAUGGAACAUAUUUAUUUCAGUUGUCAAAUAUUUAAAAUAAUACUUUAUUUGAAAUAUUUUCUUCGGAGGAUAUUUAGCCAAUUAUUGUUACAAUCAGUUUUUUAAAUAUAUAGUAUGUAUAUAUAUUAAAGUAACUGCUC